ACAAAAAUGCGCUCUUUUGUGAUUUUUGCUGCCUGUUUGGCUAUCGCGUCCGCCGAUAUUGGACUGAAGCUGCGUCAAGCUGCAGCUGCCGGUGCAGCGAGCAGCUAUGACGUUGGACAGCAAUCGGUCACCGUAGACUACGCGCCUGCAGUGUUCGAGGACACCGUCGUCGAUGGCGGCCGUUCGUUUGCUAACGGGCCCGGUGCUGAGUUUGGAGAUUUCGGCUCACGAUCUGGAUUCAGUGGUGCGAGUGCGUCCGCUGGUGCUGUAUCCGGUGCCAGUUCCGGCGCCGUCUCUGGUGCUAGUACCGGAGCUAGUGCUGGCAGCGCUGAAUACAACGCAGGUUACCAAGCUGGACUUCGUGCUGCCUUUUCCGGCUCGUCCGACAACGCUAACGCAGGAUCGUCGGUUGGUGUGGCCGACACUCGAUUCGGAUCUUCCGGCUCGUUCGCCGGUUCUUCCGCCAGUAGCAACAGUUUCGCCAGCGGAUCCUCGUUCGGUUCGUCGUCGGGCGCUUCUAGCUCGGCUGCUGCAAAGACCAACGUGCGCUAUGCUGCACCGGUAAUCCAGAAGCACUUCUACUAUCACGUCGCACCCGAGGAGCCAAGGGCCGCUGCCGAAGCUAACACGCUCACCAUCACGCCCCGCAAGCACUACAAGGUCAUCUUCAUCAAGGCACCGUCCGUGAGUGCGAAUGCCGGUGCUGCUGCUCAGGCUGCCAGCCAGACCGAGGAGAAGACCAUUGUGUACGUCUUGGUUAACAAGCCAGCCCAGGCUAAGGCCGGUUCGGUUGCGGAUGCUAGCUCCUUCUCUUCCGGCAAGCCGGAGGUGUACUUCGUCAAGUACCAGGGCAAGGACGCUCAGGCCAACGCAUUCGCUGAUGCACAAUCGUUCAGCGGUGCCGGUGCCGGUGCCAACUCUGGUGCGUUCAGUGGUGCAUCCGCUAGCUCGAGUGCUGACUCCUUCAGCUCGGGUGAUGCUGGUUUCGGUGGCAGCUACGAUGGUGCUGCAGGAUCUUUUGCAGGCGCAUCUAGCUCUGCUAAUGCGGGAGCUUUCGGUAGCGAGUACGAUUACAACUUGCGUUCGGCUGUUGACUCAGAUGAUACUGCCACAGGUGCCGUCUCGAACGCUGCCGCAUCGGCUGGAGCUGCAGCCACGUCCGCAUUCAAUGGAGUUUCUGGUGCUAGCGCAGGCGCUCCCGCUGUCAAUACUGUCGUCUACUAA